AUGGAUUUACUAAAAGGGUAUAGUGAUAAUAAUGAAUCAGAUAUAGAAGGUGAAGAUGAAUCAAAGAAAAAUUCUUCCAAUAAAAAUGAUGAUACAGAAUAUUCUGAAAAUAAAGAAAAAAAUGAUAAAGACCAAAAUAAUUAUGAUAUAAUAAAUAUACGUCCUAUUAAUACAUUAAAUUGUGCUCCUGAUGUAAAUACAUAUGAUUUGGAAAUAAAAUGUUACAAAGAGAAAUUUCAAAAUAUUGAAAAAAAAAUUAUGUUUGAUAAUCCUGAAUUUCAUAAUAUUUUGAACAGGCCUCAACAAGGACCGAGUAUAAAUGAACAUUACAACUUUUUAAAAAAUGAAAAUAAAAAUCAUUAUAAUGGUACUAUUGAAACUACAUUCGUAAAUAAAAAUAUAUUUGAUUAUCAAUAUAAUCAAUUUAAUGUAACUGGGAUUGCUGAAAACCCUGCUUUAAAAAAUUAUUAUAAAAAUAAUUAUGCUAACUAUUUAGUAGCAAAAAAUAUAAAUGAAAGAAACAAUAUGAAUGAAGAUUUAACUUUUAAAAGACAUAAAAAGAAAAGAUCUAAAAAUAAUGAUGACAAUAUAUUAGAUAAAUAUAAAGGCCCAUGGGAAGAAAAAGAAACAAAUAAAAAAGAACAGAAUGAAGAAAAGGAAGAUUUAUUAAACGAUAAUAAAAAAGCAAAGAAUGAUAAUGAUGAUGAUAAUAAUGAUAAAAAAAAAAAUAAAUAUAUAUUAACCAAGUUAGAAUCAUGUGCUUAUGAAGAAGCAAUUAAAAAUAAUGUUAUAAAGGAUAAGAAUACUUUAUAUAAUGAUAAAAUUAUUUCAACAUUACAUUUAAAUGAAGAAUUAAAUGAUGAGGAUGAUGGUAAUAUGGGAUUUUAUAAUAAAUCAUGGUUUCAAUUACCAGCUGAAUAUAAAGAAAGAGAUUUCAUGAUAGAAGAAAAUUUCCCACCUAAAAAAGAAAUCCAUACAUAUAAAGGGCAUAAAAUGGGUGUACAGAAAAUUCGAUUUUUUCCAAAAUAUGGAAAUUAUCUUUUAUCUGCUUCUUUAGAUAAUACAUUAAAAUUAUGGAGUGUAUACAAAUCCAAAAGUUGUAUAAGAACAUAUAAAGGUCACUUUAAGGGUGUAAAAGAUGUUUUGUUUGAUAAUGAUGGUUCCAGUUUUUUAAGUUGUAGUUAUGAUAAUAAUGUAAUUUAUUGGGAUACAGAAUAUGGAAAAAUAAAAGGAAUAUAUAAUCAAAAAAAAACACCCUAUUGUUUGUGUUUGAAUCCAGAUGAUACAAAUACAUUCUUAGUUGGAGGAGCUAACAAUAAAAUAUGUCAUAUCGAUUUCAGAACAGGAAAUAUUGAAUUAGAAUAUAAUGAACAUUUACAAGCAAUAAAUACAAUUACCUUAUGUGAAAAUAAUAAAAAAUUAAUUAGUACAUCAGAUGAUAAAAAAAUUUUUAUUUGGGAAUAUGGGUUACCUGUAGUAGUUAAAUAUAUAUCAGAUGCAUCCAUGUUUUCAAUAACAUCUGUUUCUGUACAUCCAAGUAAUAAUUUUUUUUUAUGUCAAUCCAUGAAUAAUGUAAUAACUGUAUAUGAAGCUACAGGCAAAUUUCGAUUAUUUUCCAAAAAAACUUUUAAAGGUCAUCACAAUAUUGGGUAUUCAAUUAAUGUAUCUUGUAGUAAUGAUGGAAAAUAUGUAAUAAGUGGUGAUAGCAAUGGAGGAUUAUUUAUUUGGAACUGGAAAAAAAUGGUGAAUUUUAAAAAUAUAAAAGCACAUAAAAAUGUAUGUAUUGAUUGUGUUUGGCAUCCAUUUAAAACAUCAAUGUUAGCCACAGCUAGUUGGGAUGGAACAAUUAAAUUAUGGGAAUAA